AUGCCGAUUUCCCCGAUCGCCAAAAUCUUCGAAGCCCUUGAGGUUCUUCGCAUCCGCCUGAUCUUCUGUCCACACUGUCAUCACGAAGAGGUCCACACCAACCUUGUCGCACUCCUCUUCCACUUCCUCGACGCCCACCGCCAUGUUCUCGCCAGUCUCUUCAACGAACAUCCUCAAUUAUUCGAGUCAGUCCGCGCCCUGAGCCGCCUCUCCCGAUUGGAGGUCAAUCACGUUAUCGCAGCUUCUUGGGCGUAUGUCCCUUCCAUGUACUCAGAUGGCGAAGACGAGAACGAGGCCGAUGAGGAAGUAGUGCGCGGUGUGCAAUUGGCACAAGUCUGGGCAUUGGAGACUGCCGCCGACGACGAUGAAAGCGACCCAUCGAAAGGGUCAUUUGAAGACCUUCUAGUGCGCUGCUGUGUCUGUGAGCCGUGCGUCGUCUGGGCGGAGUUCUUGGUUCGGCUGGUUGUGUGGCUCAGCUGCGGUGUGUGUUCUGCUAACGCGCAUGGAGAUCGAGGAUUGGGUUUUAUGUUCCAGGUGGAUGUGCUGGAGGUGUUGGUGGAUGCGCUGGGCGUUGAUCUGGAUGGGAUGAUGAGAGACAUCGCGGAGGCUAUACAUUGGGAGCUCUACAGGCCAGGAGGUUGGAGUGACUCAGACUCGGGCUACGGGAGUGGUGGCGAAUGA